AUGUCCUUAAAGCUUGAAGCAUUGACUAAGCCCACUAAUGAACUGAUUAUUUCCACAUUAUCCGCGGACCCAAGUGUUCGUAAUCUAUUGUUGCCGUUGGUUGAACUGACGAUUUUCUGAACACUUUAUUUCACUCGCAGCUAUUCCUAAUGCUGUUCAAUGUAGUUCAGAUUGAUCUGGUAAUCCGGAUCGGUCAUCGUACUGAUUUUAAUUAUUGAACCGAACUAAGCGCUCGGCGCACGACUAGACACGCGGUAUGAGCGCGCCGAGAAAAAACGAACGCGACGGGGAUUGCGUGAGAAUAAGAAAUUCGCACUUUUAUCCGUCACGAACUCGAGAAAAACGAAAUGAACCGUAAUGGUAACUAAUGUUUGUACAUAAUAGGAUUAUCUGUUGUGCAGAUUUCGAGAUUUUCCCUACGACCAUAUGACUCGUAUGUUACGCAACGCAAUAAUAAAAUACACGUACCCGUAUUAUUGUUAUUGUUGUUGUUAUUAUUAUUUUGUGACGUCGACGGGAAAAUGUCGCGGUGAUUAUUACCCGAGAAGAGAUUAUUGUAACAAACGACGACACGCCUGUCGUCUGGCGUACGUAAAUAUCAUAAUAAUGCGCUUGUCGUGUUCGCGCGUUGUUUUCUUUUUGUCCGCGUUGUUCUUUCGCACGCUCGACGUAUCCGCAACUUUGCGCGCGCGCGCGUGUAGGCGUAUCAUUGUUAAUAUUCCGCCCGAGCGGAUUAAAAUGUACGUUCAAUUUAUGCGCAAAGGCGCCGCAGGCCGCGGUAACGGGCCCGAGCGUUGCGCAGGGCGCUCGCGACGGCGACGAGACGUUACGGAACGCAUUACGCGGUUCGGUCGCGACACGUCCCGCGAAACUCGCCCGGAAGAUCACGACCGCGGUAGCCGUGACGGGCGACCUGCGGAUACCGUUCGAUAUCGCUGUACAGGUUAUAAUACACAGGUAUUCUUGCCGUAUAAUAUAAUCCGAAGAUCGUAACGCGACACGGUCUCGUUACGAUCCACGAGUCCGCGCAUUGUAUACAUGACGAUAUUUACUAAGCGCGCUGACCCCGUUUUUUUUUUUUUUUUGGCCAAAUUUCGCAUGUAUUUAAAUUCGGAAUUUCGAAAUUGUCCAGUGCAGUUAAUGCCGAUAUUUUCGAAUGCUCAGAUUUUUCACCACGUUCAAUGAGUAUUCUGUAAAGUGAAUGAAGAUAUGAAUAACAAAUUUAUAUUUAAAAAUAAGAUAAAUAAACAACAAUCAAUGCGUCGCGCGGAGUAUUAGGAUAAGUGUAUUGUACGACCGGGUUCGGAUUGAAAAUGCAUCAUCGGGUAUAUCACAGUUAAAAAUGCAAAACGCGACUGAAUAUAACUAAUUAAAUGAAGGAACGGAUAGAGAAAACAAAAAAAUUAUACUAAUUGGUCGUUUUACAUAGAAUAUAGAAAUAAUUUAUUUUAAUAGGAGAGAUUAUUUAAAAUUAGUUAUUAUUUAACAUAGAUAAGUUAAGAAAUAUAAAUUAUUUGAUCUUAUAUUAAUACAUUUUAGAUAAUAAAUAAUAACCAAAUAAUUUAUAUUUCUUAACUUAUCUAUGUUAAAUAAUAACUAAUUUUAAGUAAUCUCUCCUAUUAAAAUAAAUUAUUUCUAUAUUCUAUGUCUUUUUAUUUUUUUUUUAUUUUUUUUUUAUUAUAUAAUUCCUCAAACAUGCUUAUUGUAAAAAGUGUAUUUACAGAUUUUAUGUGUUAUAAUUAAAAUAAAAAAAAAAAAUAAUAAAAAAAUAUUCUAUGUAAAACGACCAAUUUGUAUAAUUUUUUUGUUUACACUAUCCAUUUCUUCAUUUAAUUAGUUAUAUUCCGUCGCGUUUUGACAUUUUGACUGUAAUAUCACAGUCAAAAUACCCGAUGAUGAAUUUGUAAUUCGAAACCAGUCGUAUAAUACUCCAGGCGACGCAUUGAUCCGUUUAUUUACUUUAUAUAUUUACGAGUAUUAACCAUUUUAAUAAUUUUGUUGUUAAUUUAUUAUUUAAUUGAGUAUUCUUUGGCGAUACUAACUUUGAAAAUGAGAACUUAUAUUAAAAAUUCCGUAAACAGAUGAAGUAUUACUUUUAAUACAUUUUGGUGCAAACAUUUUUGAUUUCCGUCAACCCAUUGGCCAUAUAAUUCACUUUAAAGUUUAAGUAAGGGAAGAUUAGUGGAGUACUAAUAAAAUGCCGCGCGCCGUCCCGCCACACAAAUGAUAAUUAUGGAAUUCUUAAUAUAGGUUCUCAUUUGAAAAACCAAAGUUGGUAUCACUACAGGAUACUCCUUGAAUGUUGUAAAAAAUCUUAAUAUUCGAAAGUAUCGAUUUUAACUACACUUAAAAAUUCCGAAAAUCAGUAUUUGAAUAAAUGCAAAAUUUAACCGAGAAAAUGAGUUGAGCACAUUUAGGGAAUCGCAUUGUGUAUAGCAGAGUUAUAGUACACGAUGACGGGUAUAUAUGGAGAAUUCGUAGGCAAAAAUACAGACUGAAAGUACAAAAGGCUCGAGCCAAAUACGUUUUAUACCUAAUAUUUAUGAUUAAAUUUCAUCAAAUAUUAUAGGCAGGGCUUGAGAUAAAAGGCUAGGCCAUCAUGAGCUCCUAUCCCUGUUUACGUCUUUGAUAAAGAUAUAUGAUGUUGAUUACUUAAAAUGCCACACCUGCGCGUGCUGCUUCGUCCGUUUGUCAGGGAUUUUGUACAAUGUUUAUAAUUUUAAUGCUUAUUACAAUUUAUCGAUCUGUUGUGAAUCUCUAAUACAAGAAUGUUAUCUAAGCAAUUACGCCAAGUUUCUUGAUAUUUAAAUUUUUGAGCAAGAUUUUAGCAUUUUGGAAUUGUGAUUUUUCGUUUAAAAAUUAAAAUAUAGAAAAAUAAUCCGACGCAACUGUUUAUUUUUUAAGUUUGAAAAUAGUCCAAUUCUCUCUCAUAUAAAAACUUAGAGUGCGUGCGUAAGACGGAAACAGUAUGUGUGAAUGUGGCUUCUUCUUAAUAACUUAAAAAUUUAAAUAUUUAGAAAAUUUUUAGAUAUUGAUAGAAAAAAUAUUUUAUAAAAGCCGGAUAUACUUCACGCACCACGUGUGGUCCUACACAGUUGCUGGUAAAUAUUUGGGAUCGUAUAGCAUUUAUAAUAUUUUAUAUGUAACGAUAAAUUGCGCACGAUAAACGCGAAAUUUAUUGGGGAGAGGUUUAAAGGUUUGAACCUCCUAAAAGCACAUCCCUGGUACUUCAGUCAUGCACGUACAAAAUUACUUCCGACUAGCUUUAUUUCGGGGGGCUGUUGAGGCGCGUAAAACUAAAAAAAAAAAAAAAAAAAAAACACUCUUGUCUUAUAACAACAUGGCGCAAAAUUCGACCGAAAUUUGAUCACUUCAAUUCGUCUAUAAAAUAACUUAUUUGUUUAGAUUUAGCUAAUUCGGUCCAUAGGGAGCCGCCGAAAAUGUCCCAAAGUAACUGGGAAAAUACACGCAACUAUAUAAUAUAAGUUACGUUGCAUUAAAUAGCAUGCAAAGUACAGCGUAAUAGUCUAUGUUUUCGGGAGAAAUUUGACAAACACGCGUGCAUAGUUAAAUUCACCCGUAAAGUCAAAAGUGCGUGAUAAAAUAUAUAAUUAUGCAUUCCGGAUCAGUGGGAAGUGACUAUAAAUAAUGUCGAAAGUCAGCAAUCUCCUCCUAUAAUAUUAGGUAUAUCUCGUAAUUUAAAAAAAAUAAAAAAAAAAACCAACAAUAUUUCUACGGUAAUAAUUUAUUUAUCUAUCUAUCGAUAUAUUGUAUGUACUUGCUUGUAAGCAACCAUUAGCGGUAUUCCGGUGUAAGUAGUGUAUAUUAACUGCGUAUUAUGUUAUUAUUUGUAAUACCGCGUUGCACAAUGUUAUUUAUUAUAUGCACAUGCGAGUAUCGCGAGAAGGAAAAAGUUAAUUAACUUUCUUCGGCCCGCCACUGCCCGCCGUCCGGUGAAAUAAUAGAUUUCGUUUAAGAUUAAUCGGUUUCGUCUGUAUAUAAUAAUAAUAAAAUGUGUCUAAGAACCCAACUUACAUUGUGUACUUAUAAUACGUCUGAAACUCAAUUUACAAUACAUACUUACCUAUAUGAUAUAUAAUGUACGAGACGGUCACAGAUUGUGUACGUAAAGGUAUUCGACUCGAAUAGUGUACACUUGUAUCUGAUUUCGAUUUCGUUCGUUCGUACAGAAUAAAUAUAAAAAAUACGCGUGCAACAACAUUUUCUAUUAUUAUCGUUACUUCUGAUAUUAAAAUUAAAAAAAAAAAAAAAAGACAAAUAAUUUACUCGCACGGAAAGCGUGUAAAAAAGUUCCAGAAACGCCGGAUUAACCCGACCGCAAUCGCUAUAGUAUACGUUACACGCAUAGCGAAACACAUCUUUAAAAUACUGCGACUAUUUUUAUGUACCUAAGUAUUGAAUACAAUAUUGCAAAUUGAUUUACUAUAAAACUAAUGUAAUAUAUGUGUAUAGACGAGUGUUCCGUUGAAAAAAAUACGAUCCGAAAAUUAGAUGAGAAAUUGUUAUUAUUAUUAUAAUGUUUUGUGUAACGGGCGUAUAAGAAAAAGUAAAAACCGCGUUUACAGACUUGGUCGUUUUUCACAUAAACCGGCCGAGUCGAGUCGAAUUACAUUCGUAAGAAUUUGUAUUUACUUACUAAAUGCAAUAGGUACACAAAUAUACUGAUACUGCUGAUGGGUCUACCACUGUUUUACGAAGGAAGUCGGUAGGGAGGAUGAUAUAAACAGUAAUAUUAUUUAAUUUUUAUCUGUACGUAACGAUAAACCAUAUUAUAAACGAAAAACUAUUCCGAGCGGUGUGUUAUUAAUCGUAUUCUUUCCCUUGCAACGAAAAUAACCGGGAAAUAGAAAAACAGUUAUACAUCAAAUUGCCAUUUUUUCCUCUAUUGAUUAGGAAAAAUUAAAAAAAAAAAACCGAUCUCCCAAUACUAAAUGGAAAAUAUUACACGAAAGUUUCUAUAAAGUUUUCGAUCGGACUUAUAUUGUUGGUGGCGAAACGGUUUACAGACAUAAGAAAAUAAUGAUAUUAUUAUCACGUCAUAGUAAAACCAACACAUUCCUCGCUUCGUCCAUAACGUUAAAAAAAAAAAAAUGUCUAGAAACGUAAAUAGCGAAGUGUUUAAAAGUUUAAACACCAUAAAAAAGUGUACGAGUACCAUCACUAUUGUCCGAAUAUGCAUAAAUUACAAAUACAGUGUGCAAAUAGUAAGUAGGUUCUCAAUAUUAUACGACUGGUUAGUGACCGAAACCGUUAAAUAUAUUAAUGAGAAGGCGUGUAUUUCGCCGUUUUACGAUGUUUUUCGUAAAAAAAUAUAUCGUAGGCCGGCGCAAUCGUCGUCGGGGCGUUUUCCACACGACUAUGAACUCUGCAGCAAGAUCAAUAAUACUCGAAAUUACAGGGGCUCCCACAUUCAAAACUCACUUUGUAGGUUGUUUUUUUUUUUUCCUUUCAUCUGUAUUACAGACCUCUGAAACAGUACUGCCAAUAUAUAUAUAUUCGUGUCGACUUCCCGGUUCUUCUAAGUUUUUUUAGUUAUGCUUCACUAAAGGCGGGCAAAUAAACAAAAAUAGUUAACUAGAGUUUUAGUAUAUAGUAAAAAAUCAAAAAAACCAUUCGGUUAAUAGUUCUAAAAAUUGAAUUUAACUCGUUUGGUCGAUAGUCGAUGUACGAAAUAUAUUUGAACUUAAUUCAUCUGGUAAAAUAGCAUGUAUUCUUUAAAAGUUAAACAGUACAAUUAAGUUAGUUAAGUUGAGAAACGACCAAAAUAAUUAGCUACUUAAGUUAGAACAGUAAAAUUAAUUAAUUAAUUUUUCCACUGUACACAUACGAUGAAUGACGGCGAAUCAUGGGCGCUCGCAAGAAAUUUAUCAAGAAGGGAAAAAAUAAAAUCAAACGCCAAAAAGUAAUGAAAAUAAAAUUAUUGCAAUUACAUUUGAAAUGUCGAAGUCCAGAGGGCGUAUAGACGCGCCGUCUUACCCCCCCCCCUCCAGGCGCUCAUGCAGCGAAUAAAUUACUGACAUAAUUUAUUUAGAUAAAUAUAUAAUCCGUACAGGUUUUUAUUACUUUGUAUUGCUGUGUUUAUGUAUUUUGUUUAUAAAGAUUGCCUAACUUGUAUUUGCUGUAGAUUAUAAAAUACGAAGAAAAAACUUCGUACGUUCGGUUAACCCUCAUCCCACCCUCAUUGGAAAUCGUAAAAAAAUUACGCCAAUAUUGGCACGUAAUGAAUGAUGAAUAAGCAAAAUAAAAUACAUAUUACCCACAAUAACAAUGCAUGGCUGUAUGAAAAAAUAACGUGAAAAUACUUACGAUAAAUUUGUAUGUGCAAAAUUAGAAAUUAAAUUUGUAUAAGUUACUAGUCGCAAGAGUCGUAUAAAGAGGAUUUUGGGAGCAAAGCCCACGUGGGUUUUUAAUUUGGCCAUAAUUAUCUAGCACCCCAAAGUUGAUGGUCUAGUUGCGCCUAUGCUAACAAUUGUCAAUAUCGAGUAUAGCUACUGUUAAAUGUUUUAUUUUUUACGUUCGUCUCAUAAUAUGUAAUGGCACUGAACAUGUUCUCACCACUACAAUUUUUUUUAAAUCUAAUAACUUUCGACAUUUUUCUAACAAAUUCUAAUACCUGUCUUACAAUUCUGAGUAGAGUUUUUUUUUAUAGUGAUUUGGCUGAUAUUCGUGGUUAGAUUAAGUAGGUAAACAGGUAUUAUUCAUAUAGUUUUUAUUUUAACAACCAUUGUACAUUCGAUCUCCAAUUCAAAAAGCCAUCUGAUUUACUACGGCCACCGAACCAACCACCCCAAUUAUAAAAAAAAAGUACAAGUACCAUCAAAAUUAAUACACCAACUAUGAUGGAAUUUACUAUUACUGGUUGUAACGAUUAGAAAAAGGUUGAAAUCGUGAUGUCAGACGGGAAAAACAAUUAAAAAAAAAAAAUCACAAAACAAGCUCAGUGGAGACAAGUAAUGGUACCUAUACAUGCAUAGAAUUUAUCAAUCCAAUAGGCUAUAAUCUGGUAGUAUGUUUCAUAGUUUGAAUCAGUUAUUUAUGAAAAGUGCUAAGUCGCUUUUUUGAAAAAUAGGUUUGAUAAAUUUAUAUUCGAUACUUAGAAACAAAUCAUUUAUUUUUGAAAAGUGCCUAGUACGUUCGUUAUGUUAGUUUCUGUAAUUGACAAUUCAAAGACCAAACUCUCUAGUUUAUUCAUGAAAAGUGUUAAAUAGCGGCCGGCCCGCUAAACUUCUGAAAGUUUUAUUUUUUUGCUCAACCGCUUUCAUAAAUAUCCGAUUCGUUUAAAGUUAUACUGUUUUAUAAUCAAUGGUACAUGUAGAUACCUAACUUGAGUGAUAUAUAAAAUAACGAAUUUAUUAUGAACUGUCGGUAUAUUUGAUAAUAUUAUACGAGAUAAUUUCAACAAAAAAACUAUAAAGUUUGACUAAUUCUUGGUGAUAAAAUAAUAGGCAAUCUGGCAAUGUAAUAAAAUUGCAUAGAAAUAGGUGGAAUUUUCAUGAAAACCUAGUGAAAAAGCAAAAUGUAAUUAUAUACUACAAAAUCCGAGCCCGCAUGUUUAUAAGGUAAAUAUAGUUCAACAGACAUCUUAUAGGUGCAGGUAUAACAGCUGUAACAAUAAUUUGUUUUAAAAAAAAAAAAACCCAUAACAUUACGAUAUAAUAACUAAAAGUUUACUGUAUAAGUACAUAAAAAACGUUGUGACGCAGAAUAUAUUUAUUCUGUUGCAACUGGUAAUCUUGUGUAUCCAAACCAAAGAAAUUGAACAUAACAUGUAAAUAUGCAAGUAUAAACAGGCGUAGUUUCUAAGUGCGUCAACUGAAUGUAAACACGAAUACUCGUCUACCGACUAUACCAAUAGUAUAAAAAGGUAUGUGUGCUUUAGGUUUUUUGUAAAUCAUUCGAACGCAGAAGUAUCAGCGGUGAAUUAUUUGAAACUUGAUUUGAAUUUCGUGGUAAAAUAUCGUUCUGGUAAAUGAGUUCUGAUACAUUCAGAAAUUUUAACUUUACAAAUAAUUCUAAUAUCUUGAAUACAUUUCAAUCUGCACGCACUGCUUGACAAAAUACGUUUCACACGUUUGAAUAGAUACUUUUCAGUAUAAUAAAUUAUUCAUCAGGUGACAAAAGUAGGUAUAGGUAGAUAUGUGGUUUUGUGCAAAUUGUGUGAACGCAUUUAGUUAUUUUCCAUAUUGUUUGUGCAGCGAAAUCACUGAAAAAAAUAUAACGUUCAUCUUUCAUAUUUUUUUUUUUUUUUUUUUUUUUUUUAGUAUUCGACAGUAUCAAAAAUAAUGGUCGGGUCAAAAAAUACUUGGUUUUGCGUACUGUUAUAUUUAAUAGUGUUGCUCAGGACUUUAUCGUACGGGGCGAGUAUAUCAGGUGAGUAUCGCUUACACUAUUAUCACUAUUACGCCGUAUAUUUUAGUGUUGGAACUGAGCGGAUAUUUUAAAAUCCGGAUUUUGAUGUUCAUAAUACACGUGUGUACAUCUACUUUCGGAUAUCUUUUUAUUAAUCGAUUAUUCAUAAGAUAUAAUCGAGAAUAUUUGAGUUAUAAAUGGUUACGCAUAUAAUAAUGAUUAUUGAACCCUCAAAAAUCACGCUGAUAAAAUAUACAAUUAUACAACUAAGAGCCAGUCUCAUCGAAUUUAUCCCACGAAUCACGAUAAAAAUAAAUGUUUGAAAAAAAAUUUAAAAUACAGAAAUCCGAAUACCAAACAUGUCCCAGUAUUCCAGAUAUUCGAGUAUAUUCGGAUUUCGGCCAUUUCAAUUAUCCGGAUAUCCGAUUAUUAAAAAUAAAAAUAAAAACAACCGAAUAUACGCUAGGAAAUUUGCACGUAUAUCAACGGAAAUAUUGUGAACCCAGCCCCGAAUAAUCAUAGACGCAAUAUUGGUCCAAUAGACGCUACAACGAAAUCGGUCGAGUAGUCGCUUCCGAAAAAAAAUGUGCGUGAUUUUUUUUUUUUUUUUAUGUACGAGUACUUGUAGUUUGAUGUGUUUAAACGGUCAAUUCUUUUACUUUUAAUAAUCUUCAAAAAAAAAAAAAAAUGUGAUAUAUAUUAAUAAUCAUUAGAGUUCGGGACUUAUUGCAGUGACAAUAAUGAAAGUGUGCAUUAAAAUAAUAUGAAAAAUGCGCGAAAAUAUGCACAAAAAAAAGUUAUAUGCUGCACUCAAAUAUGUAAUUAAAUUAUUAUUUCGUAUUUCAAAUGCAAUUUAAUAAACAAUUGUUUUAAUAAAUAAUAAAAGUGCGAAUAAAAUUGAAUUUGUACGUUUAUACACUUAUAAAGUUUCAGUUUUCAUCGGUUUUCUUUUAACGACUCUGUAAAAAUAAAAACAAUUUUCUCUUAGUACCUACUUUUACUGUUUAUUUAGGUUAAUAAUUAUUAUGAACUAUGGAGUUGCGGGUAAAAAGGAUACACGGUCGUAACACCUGUACAUAGACGAAUAAUUAUGAUAUCUGCUCUUGCCUUAAAAACCGUGUUCUUUUUCCACUGCAGUUAAAUUGGUUGUUUUUGCAUUGUUGCUUUGUAUUUCGUGGACAUUUUCGUUACGCGAACGGAAUAAAAACCAUGCCAUCAUUAAGUGGGUACACGUUAGCUACGUGUAGGUAAUUAAUUACGCGUUCAACGCGAUCGUCCGAAAUCUCAAUAAUAAUCGUAAUGUUUCAGCGAACGCGAUUGCCGACUUGGGGACCCAAGAUGUCAACAAAUUAUACCAUUCGGAUGCGACAGACGGCGUUCCCCGUAAAAUGCUUGAUUGUAAGAACAGCUGUGUAUUCUAUUAAAAAUAUAUCCCUGAGUAACCUAAGUAACCCAAUAGUUAUUAGGUUCAUUUAGCUCGUCGGUACCAACGUAAAUUCGACUAACAAAUGGUUAGUAGCUGACUACCGGGUUGAUGACGAAUAACUGCGUCGAUUUUUUCUAGAUCCGGAGCGUAGCGAGGUAUCGAUUAAUUUUACUGUGUUUUUUUUUUUUUUCUGAGACGGGGGUAUAUGAACAACUUUUCUAUCGGGAAAACUUGCUCAGUAGUAACAAAUGUAGUAUCAUUUCUGAAAGGUAAUUUUACCAGGUGGUGAAUUGAGAAGACCAUUUUUUGAUUGCUUAAGAGAUUUUCAAAAUAAUUGGGAAAAACCCGAAAGAAAAUCAUAUGUAAAUCGGCAAAUAUUUACGGCGUUACCGUUUUUAUUGUUUUUAAUUUGUCAAACUUGUGUUUUCAAUCAGAAAUAUUACUCCAAUCAAAAGCUCACAAGAGAUAGAUUUCGUUCCUUUUGGUAUAGAGUCACUGAAAAAGAAAGUGGAUUUCUGAUGUCUAAAGAGUAUUUUUCAUAAUAGUUCGGAAAAAACCAAAACAAACGAAAAAUACGAUUUUUUCAAAUUACUGUGCAACGAUUUCAUUAUUUAAAAUUUUUACGCUUUCCGUUUUCAGAAACAUAACUCCAGGUCUUUUAUGUCUCAUUUUUAAUCUUGUCGACGUUCAAAAAGUCAUUUUUUUGAUUUUCUUUCUAUAUUUUUUUUUUUUAAUAACUGAGCAAACCCGAAAAAUAAGUAUGAAGAACGGGAAAAUUUGCGAAAAUAAUUCUUUUAAUAUUUUAAAUUUUGUUUUUCUAAUGUAAUUCAGUUAAGUCAGCAGCUUUUUACGCAUUUUUACACUUCUAAUAUUAAUUUUCAUUUACAUUUUUUUUUUUUUUUACUUAUAACCGAAAUAUUUUUUUGAUUUAUACAAAUUUAAACUUGAUCAAAUGAAUUAUUUUCGAAAACUCACCUACCUUACAAUAGGAUUUUAACUAUUAUUGUAACUUUCAACAUGUUAAAUAAUUAUUAAACUAUAUUUUGUACCUCAUUAAUGUGGAAUAUUUGUAUAAUUUCAGUGGUUCCGAAUGAUAAUCACGAAACCGAAUACUUAUUCACUUCGGCAAGUAUAUAA